AUGGCUCCCAACCUUCGUAAAAACCACCCCCUACUAAAAAUCAUCAACGACUCCCUAAUCGACCUCCCCACUCCUUCCAACAUUUCCGCCUGAUGGAACUUCGGAUCACUCCUAGGCAUCUGCCUAGUAACUCAAAUCAUCACUGGCCUACUACUAGCCAUACACUACACAGCAGACACCACACUAGCCUUCUCCUCUGUAGCCCACACCUGCCGAAACGUCCAAUUCGGCUGACUCAUCCGAAACCUCCACGCAAACGGAGCCUCCUUCUUCUUCAUCUGCAUCUACUUCCACAUCGGUCGAGGAAUCUACUACGGCUCCUACCUAAACAAAGAAACCUGAAACAUCGGAGUUAUCCUACUCCUAGCCCUCAUAGCAACCGCCUUUGUGGGAUACGUUCUACCUUGAGGACAAAUAUCCUUCUGAGGCGCCACAGUAAUCACAAACCUAUUCUCAGCAAUCCCAUACAUCGGCCAAACACUAGUUGAAUGAGCCUGAGGCGGCUUCUCAGUAGACAACCCAACCCUAACCCGAUUCUUCGCCCUACACUUCCUUCUACCCUUUGUCAUCGCAGGCCUAACACUAGUCCACCUCACCUUCCUCCAUGAAACAGGAUCCAACAACCCCCUAGGAAUCCCCUCAGACUGUGACAAAAUCCCAUUCCACCCAUACUACUCCACAAAAGAUAUCCUAGGCUUCGCACUAAUACUCAUCCUCCUUGUAACCCUAGCCCUAUUCUCACCCAACCUCCUAGGAGACCCAGAAAACUUCACCCCAGCAAACCCCUUAUCCACCCCCCCUCACAUUAAACCUGAAUGAUACUUCCUAUUCGCCUACGCCAUUCUCCGCUCCAUUCCCAACAAACUAGGAGGAGUCCUAGCCCUAGCUGCCUCCGUCCUAGUUCUAUUCCUAAUACCCCUACUCCACACAUCCAAACAACGUUCAAUAACCUUCCGCCCCCUAUCCCAAAUCCUAUUCUGAACCCUAGUCGCCAACCUCCUCAUCCUAACCUGAGUAGGGAGCCAACCAGUCGAACAUCCAUUUAUCAUCAUCGGCCAACUAGCCUCCCUAUCAUACUUCACAAUCAUCCUAAUCCUAUUCCCCCUUGCCGCUAUCCUAGAAAACAAGAUCCUCAAACUUUA